AUAUUUUUUUGUCUUUCCCUUCGGGACCAAACACAAAUCCCAAAUUCCAGUCAAGACCAGCUCGUCUGUCACCCGCACGGCGCUAACUUACGCCUACGGUGAUCUUCACCGGACCCAUACACAAAGUCACAAACCCAGUAUGGGGCCUGAUUUAGAGCUCAAAGGGAACUCCAAAGCUGCUAUGGGAGUUUCAGUCGGUAAGAAUACAGUUGUCCCUCAAGGCCCUGAAGAUAUGAUUCUGCAGUGUGCUAGUAAUUGUGAGGAUAACACCUUUGGCAUGGAAGCAUUAUUGGUUGAGCGAACUACUGAACAGGAUGGAAGUGAGAAUAUGGAGCUUAAUAUAAUUGACUUUACAACUGCAACUGAUGCUGUACUGGUUGAAGGUGAAUGUCAGGAUGUGACUGAGCAUUCAAGUUCUUUUGACAAUACAGAAUCUGAGACAGAGAAUGGCUUGAUGCAGGCUGAUGAAGAAGUCGAGUCACGAUUAUUUGAUGGAUUUUUUGACACAUUACCAUUAAGGAGGAAAAAGUUGACAGUUCAUUGGAGGAAGUUUAUACGUCCUCUUAUGUGGCGCUGUAAAUGGAUAGAGCUUCAAAUUAAGGAACUUCAGUCUCAGGCACUAAAGUACGAUAGCGAACUUGCAGUAUAUGACCAAAGGAAGCAGUUAGAAUUUCAGAACUUUACAUUAGAUGAUAUUGAUGCAAAGUCUCUACCAUUUUCCAGUCAAAUUCUUAGAAAGAAAGUCAUGAAGAGGAAGAAAAGAAAGAGAGUUGAAGAGACAAUUGAUAUAACAACUUAUAUGUCACAACAUAACCUGUUCUCUUACUAUGGAAAGAAGAGGUCUGCUGCUGAUGGUGCUCCUAUGGAAGAUGAUUGUGAUAAGAUUACUAAUGGCAAUGAUGAGUUUGGAAUAAACGAUGAGUGGUCAUCUCUUGAAUUUGGAAAUGAUGAUAAUUUCAUGGAACAGAUCCUCCAGAGGAUUGAAGUGGCACAUUCACAAGCUCACAAGCUGAAGACCCGAAUUGACAAGGUGAUUAGUGAAAAUCCUUGGAAGUACUCUUCCGUAAAUAAGCUGACUUUGCUUGCACCAUCUGAUGCAUUGACCAGUUCUGAUCAAGAUCCUGCAUCUCCUCCUGGUAGUGGACAUAGAUUGACAGCUAGAUCUCUAUUUACUUCUUCUCGGCAUUUACCUGAGUGUAACAUGGGAGAUUUACCUAUGCCUGAAGGCACAGCUUUGAGUCACGGAGUCGUGAACCCUCUUUCUAGUAUAAUUGAAAGCAUGGCUCAGCCUCAGGUUGCAGAUUUAUGUGAAAAUACUGAGGAUGGAAUUCUGAUACAUAAUGAGGCAGCCAAGGAAGAGUUGGAUGCUCUUGAAAAAAUUAGAAGUCAACUCAUAGAGAAGCCUCAGGUACCAAUGGAUGACAAGAAAACUAUUCCUUUAGUUCAGGUUUUAGGAACCGGUGACUUGCCCUCAGAAACUGCUGUGCCUAAUGUACAAUCUAAUGUGAAGUCACGUUCCGCUUCCAAGUCGAAUCUCCCAAGGAACACAAGAAGACGGGGGAGGCGAAGAGCCGGCUCAAAGAGGUGGAGCAGGAGAGUUUCAGGUUAGCUGGAUUUGUGAAAGUUAGAAUAGAUUUUUUCUUUUUGGAAGGAUGGAAAAUCAAAAUAUUCAAGAUAGGAUGUCAAAAACUUUUGUUGCUUUUAGAAUUUGUACAUGGCUAUAUGCUGCUUUACUAUGUUGUGUAUCCUCUCUUUGGUAGCAAUGAUUUCAAAUGUACAUGCCUGCUAAACACGCUUUAUAAUGGAAGCAUGAGAUUUCUGUUA